AUGACGACCGAAACUUACCAGACUACGUUGGUGAUGACGGCUUUAGACGGGCAAUCUGAGACGAUAACUCAGACUCAUGUGACGACAUACCUGUUGACGUUAAUGACGAGCUCGACCGCCGUGUCAUCCGUAUCACUGAGCGAUCUGCCGGUAUCAUCCACUGGCGCAAUCGAGACAACAGAUACUCCGGCUGCAGAAAACAACGCCUGGAUUGCUGGCCCUGUCGUGGGCUCCAUUUGCGCGAUAAUUCUCCUGUCCUUCGGAUGGUGGUUCUUGCGACGGCGUAAGCGGCAUCACGCCCUUCUACCGACAGCAGACAAUAAGAAGGAGAGGUUUGAAAAGGCCGAGCUCCACGCUGAAGAUGCCCCCCAAAUCCCUCCGACUGAAUUAGAAGGCUCGUAUCCGGAUCCUGUCCCCGAGAUGAGUGCGAAUGAGAUCGCGGCGCAAGAGAUGUUGAGCUCAGAGCUUAGGUCACCUGUGGAGAUGCCGGAAAGACAGAAAUAA